AUGGAAAAAUGGUGGUUCAAUUCGAUGUUGUCUAACGAGAAGUUAGAGCAUAGGUAUGGUUUAAGUAAAUCGAUGGAAAGUCUUGAUGCUAUUGGCCAUACCAGUGGAAGUGAUGAACCCCUUCUAAAUGAUACGGAGAAAAAUUGGAGUGAUAGUGUUAGUUAUAGUUUCAGUAAUGUUGAUUAUUUAUUUGGUAUCAGGGAUAUUUGGAGUUUGAUCUCUGAUGACACUUUUUUAGUUAGGGAUAGUAAUGGUGACAGUUAUUCCGUAUAUUUUGAUAUUGAAAAUCAUAGUUUUGAGAUUGACAAUGAUAGUUCUUUUCUGAGUGAAUUAGAAGGUUUUUUUUCUAGUUUUUUGAAUAGGGGGUCUAAGAGAAACAAUCACUACUAUUAUCAUUACAUGUAUGAUACUCAAUCUAGUUGGACUAAUCACAUUAAUAGUUGCAUUAAUAGUUAUCUUCGUUUUGAAGUCAGUAUUAAUAGUUCCAUUUCAGGUGGUACUGACAAUUACAGUGACAGUUACAUUUAUAGUUUCAUUUGUACUGAAAAUGUAAGUGGUAGUGAAAGUGGAAGUUUUAGUAUACGAACUCGUAAUAAUGGCAGUGAUUUCAAUAUAAGAGGAAGAUCUAAUGAUUUCGAUAUAAAUAAAAAAUACAGACAUUUAUGGGUUCAAUGCGAAAAUUGUUAUGGAUUAAAUUAUAAAAAACUUCUUAGGUCAAAAAUGAAUAUUUGUGAACAGUGUGGAUAUCAUUUGAAAAUGAGUAGUUCAGAUAGAAUCGAACUUUCGAUUGAUUCGGGCACUUGGGAUCCUAUGGAUGAAGAUAUGGUUUCUAUGGACCCCAUUCAAUUUCAUUCAGAAGAGGAACCUUAUAAAGAUCGUAUCGAUUCUUAUCAAAGAAAGACAGGUUUAACUGAAGCUGUUCAAACAGGCAUAGGUCAACUAAACGGUAUUACCGUAGCAAUUGGGGUUAUGGAUUUUCAGUUCAUGGGAGGUAGUAUGGGAUCUGUAGUAGGUGAGAAAAUCACUCGUUUGAUUGAGUAUGCUACUAAUCGAUCUCUACCUGUCAUUAUUGUGUGUGCUUCUGGAGGAGCACGCAUGCACGAAGGAAGUUUGAGCUUGAUGCAAAUGGCUAAAAUAUCUUCUGCUUCAUAUGAUUACCAAUCCACUAAAAAGUUAUUCUAUGUAUCAGUCCUUACAUCUCCUACAACCGGUGGAGUAACAGCCAGUUUUGGUAUGUUGGGAGAUAUCAUUAUUGCUGAACCUAAUGCGUACAUUGCAUUUGCGGGUAAAAGAGUAAUUGAACAAACAUUGAAUAAGACAGUACCCGAUGGUUCACAAGCGGCUGAGUAUUUAUUCCAUAAAGGCUUAUUCGACCCAAUCGUACCACGUAAUCCUUUAAAAGGUGUUCUAAGUGAGUUAUUUCAGCUCCAUGGUUUCUUUCCCUUGAAUCAAAAUUCCAAAAAUUAA